AUGAGUAUUUCGUGCGCUGCUCCAUCUUGGACUGAUUCAGUCGAGCAAAGACAAAAGCAAUGCCGAAAUAAAUUCAUUAUGAUAAUUAGUGUUGCUGUUGCAGUUGUAUCUCUUAUCUUAGCAUUAACCAUAAUAAUCCUUUAUGCAACGCCGAGAAACCAGCAAGUGUCAACACCAUCGCCUCCAUAUACUCAUUCGACGGGUAGCAGAGGAAUUUCUUUGAAUUCAUGCAUAAACCAAUCUAUCGAAUAUAUCGCACCACCGAAUCGAUGCAAGAUCUAUCCACCGAAUGAAGGUUGUACUUGGUCAUUUGAUGUCUAUCCAAUGGAUUGUCGAAUUAUUCCAACGAGUGAUCAUACAACAGGUUCGAUUUUCAGUCGUUAUGAUCUUGAUCAAGAUGUCACUGUUAAGUAUCAAAACUGGAACGGGAAAAUUCAUUGUGGCUAUCGACGGUGCUUGGUUUACCACAGCAGGUGUUGGAUGUAA